GGCGCCGUGACAGAAGUCAAAACGGACAUCUACGUGACCAGCUUUGGGCCGGUGUCCGACGUGGAGAUGGAAUACACAAUGGAUGUCUUCUUUCGGCAGACAUGGACUGAUGAGAGGUUGAAGUUUAGUGGGCCCAUUGAAAUUUUGAGAUUGAACAAUUUAAUGGUCAGUAAAAUUUGGACACCAGACACAUUUUUUAGAAAUGGAAAAAAAUCAAUUGCUCAUAAUAUGACAACUCCUAACAAACUUUUCAGAAUUAUGCAGAAUGGAACUAUUCUUUACACAAUGAGACUAACCAUUAAUGCUGAUUGUCCUAUGCGGUUGGUGAACUUCCCUAUGGAUGGACAUGCUUGUCCACUGAAGUUUGGAAGCUACGCUUAUCCAAAAAGUGAAAUAAUUUAUACAUGGAAAAAAGGACCCCUGCAUUCAGUAGAAGUUCCACAAGAGUCUUCCAGUCUCCUCCAGUAUGACCUCAUAGGACAAACUGUAUCUAGUGAAACAAUUAAAUCUAACACAGGUGAAUAUGUAAUCAUGACCGUUUAUUUCCACUUGCAAAGGAAGAUGGGCUACUUCAUGAUACAGAUAUAUACUCCAUGCAUUAUGACAGUCAUUCUUUCUCAGGUGUCUUUCUGGAUUAACAAGGAGUCUGUUCCAGCCAGAACAGUUUUUGGAAUCACUACAGUUCUAACAAUGACCACUUUAAGCAUCAGCGCACGCCAUUCUUUGCCCAAGGUGUCCUAUGCUACCGCCAUGGAUUGGUUCAUAGCUGUGUGCUUUGCCUUUGUCUUCUCCGCACUUAUCGAGUUUGCAGCUGUCAACUACUUUACCAAUCUUCAGACUCAGAGAGCAAUGAGGAAGGCAGCCAGGGCAGCAGCACUGGCAGCAGCACUAUCAGCAGCAACUGUACCGGCAGAGGACGAGAUUGUCUCGCAUUCUGACUCCAAUUGUAACCUGAAGAAGCGAGUAAACUCUGUAACGUCUCAGGCAGAUCAGUCUCCUGAAACCAGCAUAAUAUCAAAUAGUGCAUCCCAGUGUCAACCAGGGUCUGUUCCUCCACCAGCAGCACCACCACCACCAUCUAUUGGAGGCACAAGUAAAAUAGAUCAGUAUUCUAGGAUCCUCUUUCCAGUGGCAUUUGCAGGAUUCAACCUGGUAUACUGGGUUGUUUAUCUUUCAAAGGACACUAUGGAAUUUUUUGAACCUACUGCAAUGCAUCUUCGAAAUGACCAUCAGUCCAACUGAAGAACAGCUCAAGGUUUGAAAGAAAUCACGGAAGGUCAUGUAGGGUUGAAGGGACUUCAAAGGA